GCCUACCCUCCCCCCAUCCAUUUCCGAAACGUAGUUUGCUCUCUCAUGUUCCACCCUAUCUUACCCUCUCUCCCCUACCGGUACCCACUCCACCGGUCAUACUUAAACACUUUCCUCCCCCCCUCCACGCCAGCCCGGUUUUGCCUUCUCCCCUCCAAUUCUUGUCCCCCACCGCUUUACCUUCCUCGCCCUUUCCCCCUCCCUUCUCCUUUCCUUUCUCUUUCCACUCACGCAGUGGGACGGAGGUGAUCCAGCAGAACAAAAAUCAAACAAAAAAAACCCCAGACGGAAGCGUUGGAUAUCGAGUUAGUAAUUGCCAAUCAUGUCUGCCGAGAAGGAGACAGUUCCCGCCUAUUCUCCCUCCGAAACCGGGGAGACUGGAACAACUUCACCGCCAUCAAGGGGAUUUUUUCAAGAUAUUAUUGAUGGGUUCAAGCCUCACCCUGUUCACGUCGCUAGGAAGAGGGCCGCGGCUGCUGAUGCCGGCCGCUUUGAUGUUGAGCAGGCCGCAUUGAAUGUUGCCGAGUCUCCACUUUCGAGGAAGCUGAAGGGAAGGCAUUUGCAGAUGAUUGCUAUUGGGGGUUCCAUCGGCACUGGUCUUUUCGUUGGCUCUGGCAGUGCCCUGAGCACUGGUGGACCCGCCUCACUGCUUAUUGCUUUCCUUCUCAUUGGUGCCAUGUUGUUCUGUGUGGUCCAUGCUCUUGGUGAAAUGGCCGUCUUGUUCCCGGUUGCUGGUUCUUUCGCUGCCUACUCUACCAGAUUUUUGGAUCCGGCUUGGGGUUUUGCUAUGGGAUGGAAGUGAGAAUUAUCCCUGCUUCCUGUUUUCUAAUCAAGUACUGUAUGCUUUUUCUAACGGUUUCUGGAAAUUUAGUUACGCGAUGCAAUGGCUUAUCGUCUUACCACUCGAGAUUGUCGCUGCUACAAUUACUAUCGAAUACUGGGACUCUCCCGUCAAUAAGGCUGUUUGGGUCACUCUCUUCUGGCUUUUGAUUGUCGCCAUCAAUUUAUUCGGGGUCAAGGGUUAUGGUGAAGCAGAAUUUGUUUUCUCCCUCAUUAAGAUUCUGGCCGUCAUCGGUUUCAUGUAUGAUAUCUCAUACACCCCAAAAAUUUUCCACUUGGCGAUAGUGUGCUAGGACUAAUUAGUUGCAGUAUCCUCGGCAUCAUCAUCAACUGCGGAGGUGUCCCGGACCGUGGAUACAUUGGAGGCGCGUACUGGACAGAUCCCGGAGCGUUCAAUCACGGAUUCAAAGGCCUCUGCAGUGUGUUUGUUACUGCAGCUUUUGCCUUCGCGGGUACCGAAUUGGUCGGUCUUGCCGCUGCCGAAACAGCCAAUCCCCGCAAGUCCCUACCCACCGCCGUCAAGCAGGUUUUCUGGCGUAUCACUCUCUUCUACAUUGUCUCCCUUACCCUCAUUGGGUUGCUCGUUAAGUACACCGACGAGCGUCUCCUCAGUGGAAGCUCGGGCGCUGAUGCAAAGGCAUCCCCUUUCGUCAUUGCCAUUAACGAUGCCGGAAUUAAAGUCCUCCCCUCGAUCAUGAACGUUGUUAUCAUGAUUGCUGUCCUUUCCGUCGGCAAUUCCUCCGUCUACGGUUCUUCGCGUACGCUUGCUGCUCUGGCCGAACAGGGCCAGGCGCCCCGUAUUUUUGCCUUCAUUGAUCGCCAUGGUCGUCCCAUGGUUGGUAUUGGGCUUUCGGCUGUUCUCGGUCUCCUUAGUUACCUCGCAGCCUCGGAUAAGCAGGGCGAAGCAUUCACCUGGAUGUUGGCUAUUUCUGGACUGUCCUCGAUCUUCACCUGGGGAUCCAUCUGUCUCGCACACAUUCGUUUCCGUCACGGAUGGAAGAAGCAAGGUCACACUCUCAGUGAGCUGGCAUACAUCUCGCAACCCGGAUACAUUGGAUCGUGGCUGGGGUUCAUCCUCAACUGCCUUGUUCUCGUCGCUCAAUUCUGGGUCGCCGUCUGGCCCAUUGGUAAACAGCCCAGCGCUCGCGGAUUUUUCUCCGUUUACCUUGCUGUUCCUAUCGUUCUCUCCUUUUACAUCUCCUACAAGCUUUACUUCAAGACUCCGUUUGUCCGUUCGAUGGACAUGGACCUCGUCACUGGGCGCAGGGAACUUGACCUUGAGAGAAUCCUUGCGGAUGAACGCGCGGAGAGAGCCUCCUGGCCUGCGUGGAAGAGAUAGUAGGUUUCCUUAAAAUACCAUUCUUUAUUCCCCUCAUCAAGACACAGUUAAGCUAACAAUACGUCACAGUUACAAACUCUUCUGCUAAAAUGGCCCAGCAUUGCUUUUGCUCUUGUUUCUUUUAUUUUUUUUCUCUCCCAUUUUCCCUUCACCUUUAAUAACAAUUUCAUUUUGGUUUAGCUUGCCCCCAAAAUUUUCUUCUCAUCCUUCAUACCUGUUUUUCGGGCUCGGAGUUUUUUUUGUGUUUUUCAGACGCUGCUGUGUUGUGCUGUGUUGAAUAACCAUAUCCAGGUUUUCUCCACCCACCAUAGACUUAAACGAAGAGAAGAUGGUGGAAGGAAGGAACGAUGUAACGAAAGCAAGAACGAAAAAAAAAGAAAAAAAUGCUCCGCAAAGUCAAAUCCUGUCAUUGCUUAUUUUGUUUUAUGGAAUGGUUGAGGUGAAGAGAUUCUAGAGCGGAGUGGAGUUAAACGGGGAACUAAUCUAUUUACGCUAUGAUAUU